GACCUGGGAGUGUUGAUUUCCCCAAUCUUUAAUUUCGUUUUCACCUGUGGCGGCGUGUUCGGUCAAAGUUUAAGCGGAUCAUAGGGAAGACCAGAAAGGCUUCGCCUGAAGGAGUCGGUCUUCUCCUUGUUCAUUCCCCGCCAAUAAAAAUUCUCAGGCGCUCAGAGUUCAAAACCUAAUAAGCUCUUCGUCUCGGUUUUAAGCAUUCGCGUCUCCUGCAACUUCAUCAGUCGAAUUCUAACCGUAUUGUAUUGGAUCUUUUCCGUUGAUUUCUUUGCAUUCAUUACUUCUGUCACUUAUUUCCCUCAAAAUCUUAUAGAUUUCGUGUUUCAAUCUUCCGAUCUCCUCGACCGCUCUCCAUUAUCUGGACUUCACAAUCCUCGAAUUCGUUCCUUUCCAGACCAUCUGUGGCUUUCAAUUCGCCAUAUUUUAGCUCCUAAUUUUGGAUUUCACUCUCUCUCUCUCUGCUAGGGUUUUGAAGUCCCUUAUUUCCAUUUUUUGAAUUCGUUUGCCCCAGUUGAUCGCUGAACGCCUGGAGUUUUCCGUUUUAUUAAUAAUGCCUGUACAUCUCACGCCAAACGCAAUCGCGGCUGUCAAUGCUGGCGACGUGAACUCAAAGCCCCUUGUGCAGGUAUUGGACAUCAAUAUCAUAGGCAAUUCAAAGGAUCGCUAUCGUCUUCUCCUCUCCGACGCUGUUUCCACUCAACACGCUAUGCUGGCAACUCAGCUGAACGAUAAAGUGAAGAGCGGGAGUGUGAAGAAGGGGUCUGUCGUGCAAUUGAUUGAGUAUAUCUGCAGCAUUAUCCAAAACCGCAAGAUUAUUGUCGUACUGAACAUGGAAACUAUAAUCCCGGAUUGUGAGAUUAUUGGGAACCCUUCAAAACUGUUAUCAGAAUCUGCCUCUACGCUCCAUAAAACUGUGCCUGAGAAGGAUUUUGAGCACCGUGAAUCAACCUCCAGUAAUAGUUCAACUCCAAGUUCCAGCAGUAAGGUGCAGAACUUUGGUCCGACUGUUCAGCCUCCUUACAAACCUCCUCCAAAUUAUAGAAAUCAUGGGCCAAUUAUGAAGAAUGCGGCUCCAGCACGAACAAUCCCAAUUGCUGUUUUGAAUCCUUAUCAGGGGCGGUGGGCAAUUAAGGCUAGAGUUACUGCAAAAGGAGAUAUUCGCCGUUACAACAAUGCUAGGGGAGAUGGGAAGGUGUUUUCUUUCGACCUCCUUGACUCUGAUGGAGGAGAAAUAAGAGUGACUUGUUUCAAUGCUGUUGUUGACCGCUUCUACAGCUCUGUUGAGGUCGGCAAAGUCUACUUGAUAUCGAAGGGAAGCUUAAAGCCUGCUCAGAAGAACUUCAAUCAUCUUAAGAAUGAAUGGGAAAUAUUCUUGGAGGCAACCUCAACUGUGGAACUGUGUCUGGAUGAAGAUGACUCAAUACCGAAGCAACAGUUCUCUUUCAAAUCAAUUAAUGAAAUUGAGAAUUUGGAUAACAAUUCCAUAAUAGAUGUGAUUGGGAUUGUAGUAUCCAUUAACCCUGUAGUCCCUAUUCUGAGGAAGAAUGGUUUGGAAACUCAGAGGAGGAUGAUGAACCUAAAGGAUGCAUCCGGUUGUUGUGUCGAACUAACCCUCUGGGGUGAGUUCUGUAACAAGGAAGGUCGGGAGCUGCAAAAGUUGCUCGAUUCAGGUCUUUUUCCUGUAUUAGCUGUUAAGGCUGUGAAGGUGAAUGACUUCAGUGGGAAAUCAGUUGGGACGAUCUCUGCAACUCAGCUUUUCAUAAAUCCUGACUUCCCUGAGGCUCGUAGGUUGCAAGAGUGGUUUGAUAGAGGAGGAAAGAAUGCUGCUUCUCAGUCCAUUUCUAGAGACAUUAUGGAUGCUUCAAGGAAUAGGAUCCGUAAAACAGUGAAUCAGAUAAAAGGUGAAGGUCUUGGAAGGUCAGAUAAACCAGACUGGAUCACAGUAAAGGCAACUAUAACAUUCCUCAAGACAGAUACUUUCUGCUACACUGCUUGCCCUUUGAUGAUUGGAGAUAGGCAGUGUAACAAGAAAGUGAUAAGGUCGGGUAAUACGAGAUGGCUCUGUGAGAGGUGCAACCAAGAAUUUGAAGAGUGUGAGUACAGGUACCUUCUUCAAGCUCAAGUGCAAGACCAUACGGGAUUAACUUGGGUGACUGCUUUCCAGGAAUCGGGGGAAGAGAUCAUGGGUUGUUCAGCAAAGGAGUUAUAUUUGUUGAAAUAUGAAGAGCAAGAUGAUGAAAGAUUUGGAGAAAUUAUCUGCAACAGCCUCUUCAAGCAGUAUCUUUUCAGGCUUAAGAUCAAAGAGGAAAUGUAUGGGGAGGAGCAACAAGUGAAGAUCACAGUUGUUAAGGCAGAGAAAUUGAAUUACUCUUCAGAGAGUACAUAUCUACUUGAUUUGGUCUCAGAGAAUAAAGUUUAAGGAGGAUCAAAUUAGGUUGACAUGAUUUUCAAUUGCCAAUUGAGACAACCAUGAGAUUACAAACUUGGCUUGAAUUUAAAGAGCUAGCAGAUAUUGGAUCAACUGAGUGUCCGCGAUGUAAAUGCCAUUGGCAGUGACACCAGGACUAGACAUUCUUCCACUUUGAUUGUUUCGGAGGAAAAGCCAUUGCAUUAGAAUUUUGGCUUUCCAAAUCCUUUCUGAAAUAAUGUCUUUUGACACAUAUUGGUCUGAGACACAAACUGUAUAAUGAGGAUCCAAAUAUCAACUCAGUGAGCACUAAAACCCUUUCAUUUUACAAUUUCAAUAAGAACCCAAUUAUUAUCCAAGAUUAUGACUAAUUUUGUCACUUGACGGUAGCC